AUGGGUGAACCCAUCGACGACCUCCGCCGGAAAUAUCAAGCCUCGGGACUCCAGGCCAUAGCCAAGUUGGUCACCAUCCCCCUAACGCCAUCGAAUCCCUCACUUCCGUCAGGCCACUGGCAAGUGGAAGGGCAGUUGAACGAGCGCAUUCUCACCACUCUUCUCUACUGCGUCGAGUCCCACAACGUGAUAACCCCAUCAAUCUCCUUCCGCGUACCCACUCACCCAUCGCUACCCGAGUACCACCAUUGGUUUGAAGAAGACGCUCCGUGGGGGGAAAGCCUUAUAGAACGGCUCUAUGACAUGUCCUUGUCCUUGGCGAAGGAGUCUACAUGGAAUACCACAAGCCGGAGGGCCCAAACAAAGAGGGCAGAGUGGUCAGAAAACGUCAAGGACAACAAUGCCACUGGCCGGGGGACGCUUCCAGUGCAGAACUACGGCCAUGUGGAUAUCAAACAGGGAAGAAUGAUUGCUUGGCCGAAUACCAUGCAUCACCGCUUCUAA